GACACAGUCACACCUAUCACACAUUCAGUUAUACUGUGUGUCUCCUCUCCAGGCCCAGUCGUUGGAGCAGGGUGUGAAGCAGCUGCAGGAGGAACUGCAGUGUCAGAGACAGAACACUGAGAGCAGCUGGCUGCAGCACCAGCAACGCACCAGAGACCUGGACAAACAACACCAGAGGGUGUCCCUUCAGAAGCAGGCAUUGGAGAGGGAUGUAGACGCUCUGAAAGAGAAAGUCAAAUGGACUGAGGGGGAACUGAAGGAGAGUGAGAAGAAAGAGUCCCAAACACAAACGAAACUAACGGAGUCGGUGCGUGAGAGGGAGGGGCUGAAUGUAACACUGGAGCAGAACAGGAGGAGAGAGAGAGGACUGGAGGAGGAGAUGAAGAAGCUGACUGAUGAGCAGGCUGAGGCCCUCAGACGCAUCAAAGAACUAGAAGACCAGAAGACAGUCCAGCCCUCUGCUGCUCCAAUGGAGGAGAGGAAACAAGAUAAUGAGCGAAAAGAGGAGGCAGAGUCGGUAGUAGAUGGCUGCAUUCCUGGAAAGGAAACAUCCACCAAGGACAAAAACACACUCAACACACAGAGCUCUCUUUCUCCAACAGACCAAAGUCUCCACCUCUCCAGCUCCGCUAGCUCCGAUACAGACUACGAGAGCGAGACCCUGUCCAGCCACUCCAAACCCCGAGCCCAGACCACCAGGGCUGAGGGAGACCUACAGAGGGAGAACAGAGAGCUGCGUUCAGAGCUGCAGGACCUUAAGGAUGAGUUACAAAGGAGACUGGAGGAUCUGGAGACCCAGCGCAGAGCGGAGGCCAAGGCCAGGACCAGGCUCAAGCAAAUCAGCCGCAAACACGCCUCCCAGGCUGAGACCACCAGAGAGAUGGAAAGGAGGAGGGAGUUAGAGGAGAGGGCAGAGAUGGGGAGGUUGAAGGAGGCACUGGCUGAACUUGAGAUAAAGGUCAGGAGAGAUGGAGAGGACAGGGAGAGGAGGGAGAGAGAGGACAGGGAGAGGAGGGAGAGAGAGGACAGGGAGAGGAGGGAGAGCGAGGACAGGGAGUCUGAAAGCAUGCUGCUGAACUUCCAGCUAAAAAAGCAGCUGGCUGAACCUAUUGGUGAGGCAGAGACCACUGUGGAGGCCCAGGGGGGUGUAUCUGCCUCUGAGCUGGGUGAAACCACUGUGGAAGCUGAGAAAGGGGUAUCUCCCUCAGACCAGGGAGAGACCAAUAAAGACCUUCUGAGAGGUGUAUCUCCCUCAGACCAGGCUGAAACCACCAUGGAGCUCCAGAGUGGAGGCCUCUCUGCCUCAGAGCUAGCCCAGGAGGUGGAGCAUCUGCGUGGGGAGAGUGCCAGGGAGGCUGGGUGA